AUGACAAUGUACCAUUUUGUGUAUGUUCUAAAAUUCUUUGGCGUCACUCUGGAUAGGAGGGACGAGUUCUCCGAAGAGGCUGAAGUCGUCCGAGAUAUGGGUCUAAUCACGGUCUGUUGCAAGUGGAUCUGGGAGACCUUCAUGGCUUCGUACAACACUGCGAGAGCAGCUAAGCCAAAGCAUGUUGCCACCAGACCCCAUAUUGUAUCAACAUUGUAUCCCGGAAACAAAAAGCUACCCAAAUCUGUGCCAAACCAGUACCACAUAUGCAUCUGCAACGUUGUAUAAGUAGAUACAAGUGAUUUUAUAGAGAGCAUGCAGCGCAUAAAAGAAACGUCAAGAAUUAAAGCUGUACGGACCUUGAUUACCUCAAUUCCUUUUCAUACACCCUCGAUUGAGCCUGACAAGGUAACAAUAGUAAUACUGAGUCAAAAGGAAGGCUACAAUGCGGCCUAUGCUGAUUACUUGAAGGAAAACAUCUAUGAACAAGCUGAUGCCCUUGAAAAAGAAUUGCCUCACGUUGUAUUGUCCCAUAAGCUUAAUAUUAAAGGUUCCUGGACAAUAGUUCCACUAUUGAGUUAUUUGAGAGGUAAAUUUCCAGAUGUGGAAUGGUUCUUCUUUUGUUUAGAAAAUACUGUGAUUCGAUUAGAGAAGCUAUUGGAUAUUCUUGGAAAAUUUAGUUCUUCUCAGGAUGUGUGGAUGGGAUUUGCGCUUUAUGACCGUGAACCUACUAUUAUUCAUCACUUUGCACAGCACACUAAAAAAUUUAAGUAUCCACACAUUGCGUCUGGAUUUGCUAUGAGUGCUACGUUAUUAAAUAGUUUAUCUAAACAAGUAUAUGCGGGCAAGGAACUGAAGGCAGAUUUUUCUAUCGACGUAUCAUAUGAAUUUGCAACAUUUGUCUUAAAUAGUACUAAUGUGAAGUUGACUCAUGUGUCUAAACUAUGCGUUGUAUCUGCUACCGAUUGUGCCACGUAUCCCCGAUUCUUCCAUUCUUGUAGUUCUUCUGUAACUCCAGAAAAUAUUUAUUUUGCUGUUAAGACUUGCGCCAAAUUUCAUUUAAACCGAAUCCCAGUAAUUAAAGAGUCGUGGGCCAAAUACGAUUUGAACAUUGGAUAUUUUAGUGAUGCAGCUGACAAAAAUUUACGGGAAGCAUACAUCGUUCCAAACACUACUGAAGGACAUUGCGCUAAAACUUAUGCUAUCUUGCAAAAAGCCAGCAAAAUACUAAAACGACGCAAUUUCAAUUGGCUUGCCAUUGUCGAUGAUGACACUAUAUUCAGUGUGGUACGUUUAUUGAACUUACUCACGUGCUACAAUCCUAAGCACUCAGUCGCAAUCGGUGAACGUUACGGCUUUCGUAUGUGGGAUAGACAUCACGGCUAUCAAUACUUAACUGGCGGUGCAGGGGUUGUGUUAUCGGCUCCUUUAGUUCAUCUGAUGGUGGAACCAGGCGUAUGUACUUGCCCAUCUGCGACUACUCCCGAUGAUAUGCAUCUAUUUGGACUUUGUUUGUUGCGACUUAAAGUAGAAGGCGUACAUUCUCCAAUGUUUCAUCAGGCACAACCUAUAGACUACCCUAAUGCUCAUUUGGCAUCUCAAGAACCUAUAUCAUUUCACAGAUUCUGGUCAGUUGAUCCUAAAGCUGUAUACAGUGACUGGUUUGCAGAAGUAGAUAAAGUCUUACCACUUCGUGUCACAUCAAAACAUACAGAAUUAUAA